CAGCCCGAGCUGGAGGAGGAUGCAGGUGGAGAAAAGACGCGCAACAUUUGCGCUCAGAACCUCGAGCAUUACACAUCUACAUCCCAACUAACCCAAGCUGGAGCAUCCGAAGGAAUAAACCUCAUCACUUUCUCCGUCACUUCAGCCGCCGAUGUCUCUUUAAGCUCCGACCCUUCCCCGAAAAACGUCUCCACUGACUGAAAAAGAGCUUCGGAUGCUGGCGCACGGAGCGGUGGCGCGUCCUUCCCACCCGGCUGCGCGCGAUGCCCGGGCAUCACUGGAUAUAAAUGACUGAUCCAAGUGUGUGUGUGACUUCAGUGGACCGAACCACAGGCUGCAUGGGAGAUGAACGCAGCCAAACAUCAGCCUGAUUUAUUAGAGAGACCGGCCAGCCUGCUAGUACCGACAUGGACAAAAACCGGACUUGCCCUUUUGUUUGAUGAGCACACGAGUAACGCCUAUGACAUUCGUUUAAAAUUAACAAAAGAAUUAUUGAUCAUACAGAAGCAGGAUGUGGUUUGUGUUAAUGGUGGUGACUCACAUUUAAAUCACAGAACCGUUGUACUUCGAAGACAGCUGACUGGAGGUCUCGGCUUAAGUAUCAAAGGGGGAGCUGAACAUAAAGUGCCUGUGGUCAUCUCAAAGAUUUUCAAAGAUCAAGUAGCCGAUCAGACUGGCAUGCUGUUUAUCGGCGACGCCGUGUUGCAGGUCAAUGGUAUAAACGUGGAGAAAUGCACCCAUGAGGAAGUUGUGCAUCUUCUGCGAACGGCAGGAGAUGAGGUCACCAUCACCGUUCGCUACCUCAGGGAAGCGCCGGCCUUUUUAAAACUCCCUUUAGGAUCUCCUGGACACUUCAGUGAUCAGAGUAGCAGAGCAUCUUCACCACUUUUUGACAGUGGUUUGCAUUUGAAUGGAAACUCAAGCAACACGGCCCCGUCGUCACCCUGUUCACCUUCGGAUAAUGAACCAAAGUAUGAGAAGCGCUGGCUCGAUGCCGUCACCCUCCCUCUGUUCAUGGCCCGAAUCUCCAGACGCAAAGCUGGAACCGACAAAUUACGAUCGAGCAGUUUUGAAGUCGUUGCCUUAGACGGAGUUUGUUCCCACAAUCUGCAAUUUUGCACUGCGGCAGAAAGCUCAGAUUGGCUUCAAGCAAUAUCAACCAAUAUCAAUGAUUUGACCCACGAGAGCAUUAAAACAGCAAACAAAUAUUGUUCUUCUGAUGAUCAGAUCGUCCAUAUGGGUUGGGUUUGUGAACAUCUCCAGGGGAGCGACGUGGAUCACAUUCACAGCUGUAGGUUUCUGGCGUUGAGAGGCGGCUCACUGCUCAUCUUCAAAAAUCCUCCUAUCACGGCGUCCGAUUGGACUGAAGCUGAGGCCCGAUAUCACCUCUGUGAGGUUCUGUUUAAAGUUCAUAAGCUGUGGAUAGGUGAAGAUUGUUGGAUACAGACACAGAAGUUUAGCGUGGGUGAACUGCGGGACAGCGAACCCUUCUGCUUCAGCGUUCUGGUGGGUCACGGUCAGAGUCUUUGCUUCAGUGUGGAGCUGGGAUCAGAUCUGGUGUUCUGGGAGAAAACCUUUCAGAGAGCUGUAUUCAUGGAGGUACAGAGAGUACAGUCUAAAAGUUACACGUGCAGCAGUCAAGGGAAGAUCCAGUGCUUUACCAUUGACUUUCAGUCUGGAUUCUCCUGCUCAGAAAAUGUUUCAAAGAAACCCAUUUGGAAAUAUAAGUUCUCUCAGCUGAAAGGUUCCUCAGAUGAUGGCAAAACACGAGUCAAACUCCUGUUCCAGAAUUCAGAAAACAAACAGAUUGAAAUGAAGGAGUUGGAGUUUGCUAACCUGACCGCCGUCCUUCACUGUAUUCAUUCAUUCAUCGCUGCUCGAGUGGCCACCAUUGAUCCUGUGUUUGUCAACAAUCAAAGCAUCACACAGAAAUACAUCAGCAACAGCUAGAGACUUUUAUCUUUACAUCCACCACGUGUCUAUUUUAUGCACUGCAUCCAUGGAUAUAAUCUAGUUCUUGUUAUUUUUGUAUGAAUCUUCUCAAUUCAGAAAAACGUUUAAGAAACAUCUUUAAUCUUAGAUGAUCAUGCGUUGAGUUUUGAUUUCUUACUAAUAUGAUGGAUUAUGUGUUUAAAUGAACUCAUAUUGAUUAUGUAGCAGACGUUUCCGCAUUAUUAGUUAAUGCAUGCACUAUAUUUAACCAUUCACAGAGGCCAAAACGGGUGAAUCUUCAAGACACUUCCUGCUGUAAUGUCAACCAAACAAUCAGACGUUUGCUGUUCUUUUGACGUUUCAUGUUUUAUUUAACACCUCAAAAGAAGAAAACUGUUUAUUUAGCACAGAACUUAAUGGAAAGGUAUUUUUAAGUCAGUAUUGAUAGUUGUCUCAAUUGUAGUUGUUUAAUUGAGAAGUCUUACCAACUACUGUUCUCACUCAGAAAUUUCCUUACAAUUGUCCCU